AAACCGACCGGCACAGUCACGUGUCGCCCCGGGUCAUGUGACCGUAGUUGCGUAAACCCAAAACAUCUUUGAGCGAGCCACGUUAAAAUCAGUCGGGCGCCUUUGUACUUUUUCUGUCUUCCCGUCUACCUGCUUCGACUCGGAUGUGACCAACGAGCAGUCUCUUUUCUCAGCAAGCGAGUCGACGGCACACAUGAGCUUGAGGGAGCAUCAUUGACGUCGUCAGCUGUCACACAAUGGUGUUGUGGUGCGUGUUGGCGGCCAGCCUACUCGGUGCCAGCGGGGCGCUAGUGUGUCCCGACGGCGGCGCCUGCCAGGACGGAAGUACGUGCUGCAAGGACUUUGCUGGACGCUACGGCUGCUGCCCCUUGCCUCGGGCCGUAUGCUGCUCGGACGGCCUCCAUUGUUGUCCGGAAGGCACCGCGUGUGACCUGCAGCAUGCCACGUGUAGCAACCAGACGCUGACUCUUCCCUGGAGGAGGUCACUUCCUCCCCAGCAGAGGAUGGCGGCCACGUUGUGCCCGGACGGGCAGUCGGAGUGUCCGGACGCCACCACAUGCUGCCAGCUGCUCGACGGGUCGUGGGGAUGCUGUCCGUUGGCUAAGGCGGUCUGCUGCGCCGACAAGCUUCACUGUUGCCCCAAGGGGACCGUCUGCGAUCUCGCCAGCUCCAGAUGCAUGUCGCCCGGCGGUGACUGGCAGCCCCUGAUGGACAAGCUGCCCGCCACGCCUCGUGUCAGCGCUCCGGGCACGUCGUCGACGCCGUGUCCCGGUGGGGCGAGCCUCUGUCCCGACACUUUCACCUGCUGCCAACGGCUGGGAGGCGACUACGGCUGCUGCCCAAUGCCCGACGCCACGUGUUGCUCGGACGGCCUUCACUGCUGCCCUCGCGGUACCGCCUGCAACUUAUCCGCCGGCACGUGUGACGGCGCCGCCUCCGUCCUUGCCGCCUCGCCCCCAAAGGCAAAAUGCGACGAGGCGCCCGGCGUCGCCCGGCUCGCCGAGAUGGCCGCCACGACGGGCGUGACCGCCUGCGACGAGCGCACCGGCUGCCCCAAAGGCGCCAGCUGCUGCUUCAUGAAGAGAGCCGGCAAGUGGGGCUGCUGCCCGCUGCCGCAGGCGGUGUGCUGCCAGGACGGCUCCCACUGCUGCCCCGCUGGGCACACGUGCCGACCAGGGCGCGCGUCCUGUUCCCGAGGAUUCCCCUGGCUGGCCAAAAGGCCGGCGGCCAAGGCGGCGCCGCGCCCGCCGCCGGCCCUCGCCGACGUCAAGUGCGACGACAAGAGCAGCUGCGCGGCGGGCACCACCUGCUGCAAGUUGCCCAGCGGAGAGUGGGGCUGCUGCCCGCUCCUCAAGGCCGUGUGCUGCGCCGACCGCGAGCACUGCUGCCCGCAAGGCUACUCGUGCAACAUGGAGACGGGAACGUGCGAGAAGCCGGCCGCUGCCGUGCCGUGCGACGCUGCCUCGGCUCGCGGCGAGCGGGAGACGUGCUGCCGGAGCUCCGCUUCAGGUUCGGCCUGCUGCCCCUCCCCCCAGGCGGUUUGCUGCGACGACACGGAGCGCUGCUGUCCCGCCCGUCACUCUUGCGGCCCCGGCGGCACCUGCGUCCUGACCUCGCCGGUCGGACUGCUUUGAGCGUCGAGGGUUAGCGUCCAUGCCCGCUGGCUGCUUCUGCCUCGACAAACGAGUGACCGCAAGUGUUUUUCCAUUUCAAUAAAAUGCGAAAGGUGAGCCUUGA